CCCAUUUACCUCUUAAGGCCUUUCAUAUUGUCGAUCAUAUUUUGAAGUGCUGCAAUGAAACUGCAUCAUCCUCAGAAGAACGGCGAUCAGUUUCAUGAACUGCAAUGAAACUGGGUCAUCCUGUGUAGAAUGUCAAUAUGUUUCAUGAUCUUCAAAAUGUCUCCGCUGGGUAGACAAUUUCCUAUAUACCUUUUCUUGUUGGGCUCUUAGCCCAUUUCUUCAUGUGCCUUGGACAUUCACAAGCGGAGUCAGUUGGAGUUACUUGUUUUCCUUUUAUUCUUAAGCUCUUUCUUGAGCCAAUGAUAACUACAUCAUUGCCUGAAUUUUCAGAAUUAAAGAACACAAGAAAAGUCUACCUUUUCAGCCCCUGCCACCUUUUCUUUGAGAACAGGGACUUGUACCUUUUAAUUUCAUUUUCUUUGUCAGUUAUUCUUUUAGUCUUCAAUUUUUUCCACAUUUUGCCAUUUAAACACCUCGCUUGUAGCUAGCUUAAACUAUAAUUUCAUCAUACAAGUAUAAUGAUUGCACUGUUGUUUGAUGGUCUGUGAUUAUUAAACAACAUUUUCUGAUUCUUUUCUAGUUGAAUUAGCGUCCCCCCAAAGAGACAUAGUGUUUCUAUUGGAUGGGUCAGAUGAAACACGGACAGGCUUCCCAGCAAUGAAAAGCUUUGUCCAAAAAGUGGUAGAAACACUCAGCAUUGGUGAAAACAAAGACCGUGUUUCUGUGAUCCAGUACAGCAGAGAUCCACAGACACAUUUCAAUUUGAACACCCACAUGGAAAAACAAGAUGUUCUUGAUGCUAUCCAGCAGUUGAACCAUAAAGGGGGAAGUCCCCGCCUCACUGGGACAGCUUUGGACUAUGUGAGAGAGAAAGCCUUUGCUGACACCUCAGGGAGUAGGCACCAAGAAGGUAUCCCUCAAAUAUUGAUUCUAUUGAGUGGCGGAAAAUCUGAGGAUGAUGUUGAAAGUGCAGCUGUGGCUCUAAAACAGGACAAGGUUGUUCCAUUCUGUGUAGGUACAAGAAAUGCAGACAUACUUGAGCUCCAAAUGAUAGCACAUAAUCCUUCCUAUGCUUUUACUGUACUUCGAUUUGAUGAUAUUGGGAGCAUCCACCAACAACUUAUGUCAUUUGUGAAACGGGUGCCUCGACAGCAUCCAAGGCUAAAAUCACAAAGUGCAUUAGGUCAAACUGGAUCCAUUCAGCGCGAUGUUGUGUUUUUGCUGGAUUCCUCAGAUGAAAUGCAAAUUGAAUUUCAAGGAAUGCUUGGCUUUGUUGAGAGAAUGAUAGCGAAGCUCAAUGUGGAUGAUGGCAAUGACCGUGUUUCAGUGGUGCAGUACAGCAGGAUCCCCUCUGCAGAUUUUUUUCUGAACACAUACAAAACACAACAGAAUGUUGUGGACAAUGUGCGACAUCUCAGGCAUAAAGGAGGCAGACCUCUCAAUACUGGUGCAGCCCUCCAGUACGUCAAGGAUAAUAUUUUUACAGCCUCUUCUGGAAGUAGGCACCAACAGGGAGUUCCUCAGUUUUUGGUUCUCAUAACUGGUGGGCGGUCCAAUGAUGAUGUCAGAAAUGCUGUGGAAAACCUAAAAGAAAUUGGUGUGAUGGUGUUUGUCUUUGGAAUAAAGAGUGCUGAUAUUCUUGAGGCUCAGACAAUUUCACAGGAAUCAAGUCGAGCUUUCUUUGCAGCCGAUUCCAGUGAUCUUUCACAGAUUGAACCAUUAUUGACUGACACAAAGAAUGGUGAAACCCCAGCUCUCACACCGACAUCAUAUGAUUCCAGCAGAAGAGAUGUUGUAUUCUUGCUUGAUGGUUCUGAUGACUCUCAACAAAGAUUCCCAGAUAUUCAAGACUUUGUGGAGAGAAUAGUGACAGAUCUGAACAUCAAUGCAAACAAUGAUCAUGUGGCUGUGGUUCAGUACAGUAACACGGCAGAAACAAAUUUUGAUUUGGGACGUUAUUUGACAGAGGAUGAUGUGCUCAAAGCAGUAAGAGGUCUAAGUCACAAAGGUGGCUAUCCUCACAACACUGGAGCAGCUCUUCAAUAUGUGAGGGACCACGUAUUUACUUCUGAGUCAGGUAGUAGAAUUCUAGAAGGAGUUCCACAGAUACUUGUACUGCUGAGUGGUGGAAGAUCUGGAGAUGACAUAAGAACCCCAGUCAAAAUGCUGAAAGAGAUUGGCAUCAUCUCAAUCGCCAUUGGAACAAUUCAUGCUGACACCUUAGAGCUUCAGACCAUAUCUCGUGAACCCACUUAUGCACUCUCAAUUACUGAUUAUGAGGAACUUCCCUCUGCUACACGGGAUGUGUUGUCAUUGAUGAGAGAGGCAUCCCACCAUAUAGAAGAAAGGGUUCCCACAAAUGGUUUUGAUUCUAAGAAAAAUGAUGUAGUGUUUCUUAUCGAUGGAUCAUAUGACUCACGGAAUGGCUUUGAAGAGAUACGAGGAUUUGUAGAAAAAGUUGUUGAAAGUUUAAAUAUAGGUGAAAAUCGAGACCAAGUGGCUGUUGUUCAAUAUAACCGUGAUGCCACCGUGAAUUUCUACUUGAAUUCCUAUUCAUCCAAGAAUGAUGUGCUGAGUUCUAUUAGAACAAUGAGGCACAAGUUGGGACGGCCACUCAAUAUUGGCAAAGCACUGGCAUUUGUCAGGGAUAAUGUCUUUGCUGCUUCUGUUGGUGGCAGACGUGAAAAUUCAGUGCCCCAGUAUCUGUAUGUUUUUAGUGGUGGCCGAUCAGGGGAUGAUGUCAGAGGACCAGCACAGUCACUCAAAGAAAAUGGAAUAAAGACAUUUAGUAUUGGAACAGAGAAUGCCGAUACCUUGGAAAUGCAAACCAUUUCUUUGACACCUGCACACUAUUUCCAUGUCACAAACUUCAAUAAUCUGCAAAGUUUACAUCCGUCUUUGGAAACAGCACUGAAGGGCACUCAAGAAACAACACACAUUCCAGGUGUUAUUGACAGAAUUGCAGAAUUAGAACUUCAGAGUGCUGAUAUUGUUUUCCUAUUGGAUGCAUCUGAUGAAAUGCGAGCAAGUGAAAUACUUAUUUUGGAUUUUGUCAGAGAAUUUGUCAAGCAAACAGAAAUUGGUCCAAGCAAAGUACAAGUUGCUUUGGUUCAGUACAGUACAGAACCCACAAUUAAUUUUCUACUGAACACAUACUCACUAAGAGAUACGGUCAUGAGUCAUUUGAGCAAUGUGAAACUCAAAGGCGGUUCCAGUUUGAACACUGGAAUAGCCCUGGAUUAUGUGAAGAACAAUGUGUUGACUGUUUCAUCUGGAAGCAGAGCCCAGCAGGGAGUCCCACAGAUAUUAAUUCUUUUAAGCGGUAGAAAAUCAGACGAUGAUGUCUUGGCUCCUGUGGACCAGCUGAGAAAGGCUGGGAUUGUCCUUUUCAAUAUUGGGGUUAAUAAUGCAGACAGAACGGAGAUGGAGCAAGUCGCUCAGAGUCCAAAGGCACUGUUUUUUAUCAAGGAGAAGUCUGACUUUCCCCUUAUGAAAGAACGUUUGCUCUCAGCCAUUGCAUCUCACAAAGGCACAUUCAUCCCUGGUGUAGGAUCAAGCUCAGGAAUGAAUAGAGAUAUUGUGUUUCUCAUUGAUGGAUCUGAUGAUGUCAGGAGUAGAUUCUCUGCUUUACGAGAAUUUGUUGCAAAAAUGGUUGACAACUUUGACCUGGACCAAGGAAAAGAUAAAGUUGCUCUUGUACAGUAUAGCAACAAUGCUGAACUCAGUUUUAAUCUGAAUACUUACAACAAAAAAGAAGAUGUUCUUAAGUAUGUCAGAAACCUGAAACUAAAAGGUGGGAGGCCACAUUAUAUUGGAGCAGCACUCCAGUUUGUGAAGGAUAAUGUCUUUGUUUCAAAUGCUGGAGGUCGACAUCAUGAAGGUGCGAAGCAAAUACUUGUCAUAUUGGCUGGUGGAAGAUCUAGAGAUUCUCCACAAGGACCAGCACGUAUGCUAAAGGAUGCAGGAGUUGUCACAUUUGCAGUUGGAUCAAGAAAAUCAAAUUUAGCUGAAAUGCAAGCAAUUUCCUCGAACAGAAAUUAUAGUUAUUCAGUUCCAGAUUUUGGUAAUCUCCCUCACAUUCAUCAACGUUUAAUGAAACAUCUAAUGCAAGUGGGAGUUGAGGAAGAAACAAAAAAUGUGGAGAAAAAAACAGCUAGGAGGGAUGUUGUGUUCUUGUUGGAUGGAUCUGAUGGUACUAGAACAGGAUUCCCAGCUAUGCAAGACUUUGUGCAAAGAGUAGUAGAGACACUCAGUGUGGAUGACAACAAAGACCGAGUCUCAGUGGUUCAGUACAGCAGAGAUCCAGCCGUCCAGUUCUAUCUGAACACAUACACAACAAAAGGCGAGAUCCUUGAAACUGUCAGAGGAUUGAGGCACAAAGGCGGGCAACCCCUCAACACUGGAGCAGCUCUCCAGUACUUGAGAGAUAAUGUCUUCACGGCCUCUGCUGGAAGCAGGCGCCUGGAUGGAGUUCCACAGGUGCUAAUUCUGCUAAGUGGGGGAAGGUCUUUUGACAGUGUCGAUGCCCCAGCCUCUGCUCUCAAACAUCUGGGCGUCUUGACCUUUGCAAUUGGAACCAGGAGCUCUGAAAUGAGAGAACUGCAGAAGAUAGCUCAUGAUCCCAAUCACGCUAUGGCUGUGUCUGAAUUCACUGACCUUCCCACUGUCCAGCAGCAGCUUCAGUCCUCCUUGGAGACUGCAGUUAUCGACGUCAGCCCAGAAUCACCGACAGUACUUGGUAUGUUAACUAGCGAGAGCGCUUUCCAACUGUGACUUGUUUCGCCUACACUAAGGGAGAGAAAUAAAGUCUGAGUGUUGAUCAAAUUCUAUGUGUGCAGUAAAGGAGAAGCUUCGGCUUGUUUUUUGCCAUGUGCAAUUGAAGCAGUUAAAAA